AUGCCGGUGAACGCGUUGCCCCGGGCGGGCAUCAGCGGCCAGGGCUCUCUCAGCCCGGCGUCGCUGUCCCGCAGCCUUUCUCGGCUGAGAGAAUACCGAACUCGGACCCGGAUCAUGCUGGCUCUCGGAGUCUCUCAGAUGGUCCUGGGGAGUCUCAUCCUGGCCGUCAGCUUCGCGGCUCUGGCUCUCACCACAUCCCCAAGGGUGCGACACUCCUGCCCUUUCUGGGCUGGCUUCUCUGUUCUUCUUUCUGGGCUUAUCGGUGUGGUGUCAUGGAAGAGGCCACUCUCACUGGUGAUCACAUUCUUCAUGUUGUUGUCAGCGGUUUGUGUGAUGCUCAACCUGGCAGGAUCAAUCCUCUCUUGUCAGAAUGCUCAGUUGGUCAACUCACUGGAAGAAUGUCAGCUGCUCAAGUUUGACAGCGAUGGAGUGUGCGUUUGCUGUGAGUUACAGCAACAGAGCUCAAGCUGCAACAACCUUGGAGAAACGCUGAAACUUAACCCACUGAGGGACUGCAAUACCAUCCGCUUACGUCUCAAGGAAUUGCUGUUCAGCGUAUGUGCCCUUAACGUCAUAUCCACCAUUGUUUGUGCCCUAGCGACAGCCAUGUGCUGCAUGCAAAUUGUCUCCACUGAUGUGCUGCAGAUGUUCAUGCCACACCGAACAAGAGAGCUAAAUGCUGAUUGUAUGACCCCCCAUGGAACUAUUCUCCACCAAACACUGGACUUUGAUGAGUUUAUUCCUCCCAUUCCCCCGCCACCUUAUUACCCCCCUGAGUAUACCUGCACCCCAUCAAUGGAUGGACAAAGGGGCCUGCACUUGGACUUCCCUCAUUCUCCCUUCAGUGCCAUUUAUGGGGUGCCCAUCAACAGCCCUGGAACACUGUAUCCAACUGACCUGCCCCCACCGUAUGAGACUGUGGUGGGGCAGACCCCUGCAAGCCAGGUCACCACCAGCAUGGAACAACAAGCCACAGAAUCCAGUUUAUGUGACAGAAACACAACUGCAGGACUCAGCACUCAGGCCUCCGUAGACAGUGCAUCCCUAAUGGUGUCAGAGGUUGCUGAUCAAGACCACACUUGCUCUUCAGAGGAUUUGUGUUCCCUGGAGGUCCAAGGCUCAGAUUCAUCUCCCUAUAGCACACCCCACACUGCAGUGACCGAUGGAAGCUGCACUAGCCUUGAACUUUGUACACGGACACGCUGCCAUGGCUCAUCUAACACCAACGCCCGCCCCAGUGACACUGGAUUCAGUGAGUCUUCACAUACCCAGGAGUCCCUUGAACGUUCUCCAGACUGGUCCUCCGAAAACUACAGCAAUUUGGACCAAGAAGAUUCCGCAGACAACUUGCGUAUAUGUGAGGAACUGAGGCCUGCCAUGCACCUUUGUGAUGAGCUUGCCUCAGCCAAACAUUUGCCAGAAGACCCACCGAAAUUGUCACCACACUCUCUCAUUAAAGCACGAAUGAUGAGCCGGAAACUCCCGCUAGCUGUUGCUAUCCCCCCACCUCCUCAGCCAUGCUCCCCCACCUCAGUGGCCUCCUCUGGUGGAACCUUAGCCAUCAGCCCCUUGGCUCCCUCUCCAUCUCCCUCCCCUCCCAGCCGGCUACGAGGCCCACGGCUGUGCUUUAGUGUAUGGUCACCCUCUGCAACGCCACAGCCCCCUUCUACCUCAUCUCAAAGUGGACGUUCACCUGCAGAGAGGCCUCUAGUGCUUCGUGCCGCCAGGAGAUACCGCAAGCUGGCGCGUAUUGUCCGCUCUACCAGUGACCCGAUCUCCUGCUCCUCAACUACUGGAAGAGAAACUUGUGUCUCCACCACUGCAAUUAAUGCUUCAGCUGGUGAUUCAUCUCAUACGUCUCCGGAGCAAGAGCAAUCGGGCACGUCGGUGGAAGGCAUUGGAGGCAAAGCCAGUCACAUGUGCGGCAAGAAGCAACAAAAGGAGAGCAAAAAAAUAGACCUCCACCUUAGAAAAGGGGCUCUGCAAGCACAUUCCCCUCAUGAGCGACCACAGUCCCUGGCUGACCUUAAAAUGUAUAAAGACACUAAAAUACUGGUGGCCAAAUUCCUGGAGCAUUCAAGCUGCAAUUUACCGCCUGAAGUCCAGCAAGUUGUCAACAACAUAAAGUGUGUCAUCAAGUCUGACGAAAAACAUAUGGAGGAGGCCAUAUUUAGUGCCAAUGUCAUAGAUCAGGUGAUGACCCAGCGCAUUAGUGGCAGUCCCAGGAAACGUGGACAGGAGGAUCUUCACCUCCAAAGCUGCGGUGCUUUGAGUUCUUCCCCUUCCAUGCGCCGUCCCAAAAAUCUCCCUCAAACUACCAGCACUUGUACAGAUGCCCUGAACUCACCUUCCUUUGAACAAAGCAUUGAGUGCAGGGAAACAAUUCUCUGA